GCCAAAACUUAUUAAAGCUUCACGUCUUUAAAAAAACGAUAAGAAAAUGUGAUAAUAUUUUAAAACCGUAUGGUGUAAGUGUCAUAGACAUUUUGACAAAAAAAGAAGAAGAAAUAAGCAAAAAUGCGUUAAACGCUUUUCUUGGAAUCGUCGCUAUUCAGAUUGGUUUAGUAGAUCUCCUAACAUCCUUAGGAAUUAUUGCCGAUUACAUAAUUGGUCACUUAGCCGUCAGAUGGGAUCAUUCUGAAAACUGGCUUUUACCGAGUCAAAAACAAAAGUUUAUAAAAUCGAGAGAAAGGUACGUCAACAUUUUACUCAAUGACGAGGACUAUAAAUAUAUGAGCGAUCAUGUAAUUGAUGGGAGCAAUUUACUACCCGCGACAAGUUAUUUGGGACUCGUUUGGAAAACAAUUGGCUUGAUAAAAGGGUUAAUGUACAUAACAAUACCGAUAGUUUUCCGAGAUGUAAAAUUUAUUUGUGCUACUCAUUUAUUGAAAAAUGAUGCUGUACAACUAUAUACUCGUAUUGCAAUACAGACAGAUGAAAAGUUUGAAAUAACCGAAAGAGAUAGCGUUGUUGUCACAGGUACAAUGUACGAGGCAUUAAAUUUAGAACAAGAAAUGAUUCCGAUAAAUCUAUUAUUGGGAAAUAAUGAUGAAGAUGAAGAUAUGACUGCACGAGAUAUCUACAAAGAGUUAAAAUUGCGUGGAUACCAAUACAAGGGCUUAUUUCGUGGAUUAAAGAGUGCCUCUAUUUCGGGAAGUCAAGGACAUAUCGCUUGGAAAAAUAAUUGGGAAACAUUUAUGGAUAGUAUGUUACAAAUGCAAAUUAUCGGAUACGAUACUAGGGAAUUAUGUGUUCCUACGAGUAUUCAAAAAUUAGUAAUCAAUCCAGUGCUUCAUGCUUCGAAACUACGAGAUAAUAUAGAUAAUGCAGAAGUUACAAGAAACAUGGAUAAACUAUUACAGGUACAAAUAUACAAAGAGAUAGACACGAUAAAAGCUGGCGGAGUAGAGAUUCCAGGUUUGAAAGCUACUCAGAUCUCUCGCCGGAAAUUAGCCCAAGAUGCUGUUAUCGAGGAACAUACGUUUGUAGCUCAUUGUGAUCGUGUUAAGAUUCCAUUGAAUGAAGCAAUUCGAUUAUCAGCCCAACUCGUACUGGAAGAUCAUCAAAUUAUCAAAGUGCAAGCUGCUGAGCUAGUGGGAGACGUCGAUGAUAUUGAAUUAAAAAGUCUUUCGUCUUCGUUACUGCUUGAGGCAUUUGAUGAUAUGCCAUUGGUACAAACAAAUAUCACUUUAUUAACAUCAUCAAAUCGUUUCAGACCAGAAGAUUUACCGCAAAACUUUUCAAUCAAAGCUUUUGAAAAAAUAUCUUUAGAAGACAAAGUUUUAAUCGCUGCUGGAUUCAACCUUUUGACCAAACAACUCGUAUCUUUAAAGCGACUGUUGCCAUUUUUGAGAGAUGGUGGUUAUUUGUUGACGCGUGAGAAAUACGACAUAACUGAUUAUAAAAAACAUUUACAGCAAUACAAAUUAAACGUUAUUCUCGAAAAACGUACUGAUAAAGAACUAGUUGUGCUUCUGAAGAAAAAAGUUCCAAUAAAAGAAAGGAUUGUUAUCCACAUAAGUAAUGAUAAUUUUAAUCGGCUGGAAAAUCUAAAACCGUUGAUAAACGAUGAGAACAAGCUCAAUGAGAAUAAUAGAAUCAUAAUUGUUGGAGAGAGAGAUUUUGAGUGCGGUUUAUUAGGUUUUGUUAAUUGUUUGAGAAAAGAGCCAAGUGGAGAACUUGUUAGAGGUGUGCUUCUUCAAGAUGAACAGGCACCUAAAUUCUCUCUUGAAAAUCCCUUCUAUCUAGAGCAAUUACAAAAAGAUAUGACCAUUAAUGUACUAUGCUCUAAUAAAACUUGGGGAUCGUACAGACAUUUGAAAUUACCACAACCCAAAACCGAACUUGUAUCGACCGCUCAUGUUUGUCAAACGGUUCGUGGUGACUUAAGUACAUUUUGUUGGAUAGAAAAUAAUCUAUUAAACGUGUGUCGUCGUAAGAAUUUGGUGCACGUUGUCUACUCAUCUCUGAAUUUUAAAGAUAUAAUGCUCGCCACUGGCGAUAAAUUAACACUUCAUGAUCUAAUUUUACAAGGACGAUUAUUUCAAUACCUUCCUCUUGGAAUAGAAUACGUGGGUUUCAAUGCUGACGGACAACGUAUAAUGGGAAUUCGUGAUACUAAUUGCAUAGCAAAUGUUGUUGAGAAAGAUGAAGAUCUUUGUUGGUAUAUACCCGAUGCAUGGACAUUUGAAGAGGCAGUAACGGUCCCAUGCAUUUACAGCACGGUCUAUUUAGCCUUAUACGUUUAUGGGAAAAUGAAAAAAGGUGAUAAAGUACUUAUACAUUCUGGUACUGGAGGCAUUGGGCAAGCAGCUAUUCAUCUCGCUCUUAAAGAGGGAUGUGAGGUAUUUACUACUGUGGGCACGAGUGAUAAACGGGAUCUUAUUAAAAAAAUAUUUCCGACUAUUUUGGAUGAACAUAUUGGAAAUUCUCGAGAUACUAGUUUUGAACAAAUGAUAAUGCAGCAAACGAAAUGUCGCGGGGUCGACAUUGUGUUAAAUUCGUUGACGGAAGAAAAAUUAAUCGCUUCCGUUCGGUGUUUAGCUCAAAAUGGUCGAUUCUUAGAGAUUGGUAAAUUCGAUAUUGUUUCUAAUAAUCCCCUAGAUAUGUCUGUAUUUCAAAAAGGUAUCAGUUUUUAUGGUGUUAAAAUUGAAAAUAUGAUAAUAAAAAAUAGGGAUUACAAGAAGAAACGUUUAUUGUUCACAUUGGUCGAAAAUGGUUUAAGUGAUGGAACAAUUAAACCAAUCCAAGCAAAAAUUUUUUCAAAAACAAACGUUGAAGAAGCUUUUAGAUAUAUGGCGAGCGGAAAACAUAUGGGAAAGAUAAUUAUAAAUAUUCAUGAAAAAGAUGAACCUUUAGAUAAGCACAUUCUUACAUAUCGUCGCUAUUAUUGUCUCAAAGAUAGGAGUUACAUUAUACUAGGAGGCCUGGGCGGAUUUGGUUUAGAAUUAACAGACUGGCUUAUAUUUCGUGGUGCCAGAAAUAUUGUUCUGAUUUCAAGAAAUAGAAUAAAAAACGGUUACCAACGUAUGAAAGUUCGACUUUGGAAAUCGUAUGGCGUAAACGUUCUGAUCAUCAAGAAUAUCGAUGUUGCUGACCUCAAGGAUUGCAAAUAUCUUUUAAGGACUGCAGAAAAAGAAGCUCCGGUGGACGCUAUAUUCAAUCUGGAUGUGGUACUAAGGGAUAGCGUCCUCAAAAACCAAACUGCAGAAGCAUUUGCAGAGUCCUUCCAAUCGAAGGCUCGUACAACGCAAAUGCUGGACAAACUUUCUAGGAAAAUCUGUCUUAACCUUCGACAUUUUGUGGUGUUCUCUUCCGUUUCCUGCGGCAGAGGAAACGCUGGCCAGACGAAUUAUGGCAUGGCCAAUUCCAUUAUGGAGAGAAUUUGCGAGAAGAGAGUGGAGGAAGGAUUACCAGGAUUAGCGAUUCAAUGGGGAGCUGUGGGUGACGUAGGUCUUGUCGCUGAUAUGCAGGAGGAGGAUAAGGAAUUAAUCAUUGGUGGUACUUUACAGCAAAAGAUUUCCUGCUGUCUCGAUGAGCUUGAUAAGUUUUUACUUCAAAAUCGGCCGAUUGUGAGCAGCAUGGUCGUAGCUGAAAAAAAAGUGGGACGUCACGGAUUGGGAAAUCUUGUAGAAACAGUUGCUAAUAUUUUAGACAUAAGUGACACGAAGACUGUAAGCUUAAAUUCGUCUCUGGUUGAACUUGGCAUGGACUCCAUGAUGUCCGUGGACAUCAAACAAAUCUUGAAACGAGAAUUUGAUAUAUUUUUUGCAACACAAGAGAUACGAAAUCUCACUUUCGCAAAACUCAUUAAGAUGUCCGUUGCAAACAUCAGUGACGAUGACGUAAAUGAUAAAAAGAAAUUCGACAUAGAGAAGUCAGACGUUAUAAAAAUUUUAGUUGGUAUUAUAUUAAAAGAUGAAGACUUUGUUUCCCAAAAUGAUUUUUUUAUUAACAAACAGAAUACUACGACUGAAGUAUUUCUUAUUCCGGGUAUUGACGGUUGCGGUACUGUAUUUAAAACCAUAAUACCACACAUUAAAUUUUCAACAUGGUUAUUGCAUUAUAGCACGAACAACAUGGAUUGUACAAACAUGAUAACGGAGACUACUAAUCGCCUCACAAACUAAAUACUUCCAAAGCUAACAGAUGGAAAAGAUUUUGUAAUGGUAGAAUAUUCCUUCGGAUCUCUUAUUGCAAUUGAAAUAUUAGUUAAUAACAAGUUAGUAACAAGGAUGUUAGAAGCUAUGAAUUUUAAAGGCCGACUUGUUCUCAUUGACGGUGCUCCUGAGGUAGCACGAACAAUGUUCAAACCUUUUGAAUUUGAUUUCGAUGACGUAAAUUUUCAAAUUGAUUUAUUAACUAAUAUUCUGGAAAGCUAUUCAAUAGGAAGUUUUCAAAAGAUUUUAAUGGAAUUGAAAAAAUGUGAGAGUUGGGAUGAAAAAUUUAAUAUUUUCGCUAAAGAAUUCUCAGUUAUAUAUACAUAUCUCUCAUUUGCAAAUUUAAAGACGUUGUGUACAACGAUUUACAAACAUUUUUCCGCUCUUCAGCAAUAUAAUCCUUCUAUUACAUUGCCGCCUAUUAAGUCUCCCAUAAUGUUGCUAACAUGUACGCAUUUGUCAAAUAUGAUUGCGAUCAAAAAAGAUUUUUGUUUGCAU